AGACCCAAAGGCCGCCGUAUAGUUUGUCGCCUCCGUAAUCCGUCCACAAAGGCAAGAUCGGACCAGAAUCCAGAAUCAACCACUCUUCUUCCCGGCUGUGUCCCAUUCUAUCCCUCUCCCCUUCACGGGAAGCUACUGCAAAGAAACCUAGCGCAAGAAAAGUAUAGCAUUCUUAAUUUAUUAAAAUCCCUGAUUUCAUCGCCCCCAACGCCUUGUGCGGAACUCGCCGGAAUUUGACUGACGGACUAUUAUCGGAGUUAUCAAUAAUCAGCGAAAGGGAAAAGAUAUUUAAGAUUGAAUUUUUCGUUUUUCAUUUUCAAAAGGGUUUCUUCUAUCAUCAAGAUGGGGAAGAAACGGAAAUCUCUGGCGACGAGCCUGGAUGAGGUGGAUCGGACGAUGUAUUCAUCUUUCUGCAGCGCCGCUAACUCUCUUUCCCAGCUUUAUACUCAAUCCAUGAAUCAACAGAAGCUCUCGUUCCAAGCCGGCGAACGCGAAGGGCUGGAUAAGUUAUAUCAGUGGAUAUUGAGGCUUCAAGAUGGAGGAUCAAGAGUAACCACAGUUGACAUUCUGAAUUACCUUCAGGCAGAAUUAAACUAUGGGGAGGAGCAAUCGGUGUCACCCAGGCCACCACCCCACACAAGCCCACAUUCACAGCCAAUGCAUGUCACAAACACGGCAUCUUCAGCUUCAACUGCUUUGCCAUCUGGUGCUGUGCAGGGAGGGGUUCGAGCCGACCAUUAUUAUGAACAGCAAUCAAAGAAUAAUGUUUUCUCCAAUGCUCUGUCAAGUCCCAUCCGCCGAAGCCUUCAAAACUAUCACCUUGCUAGGGGAGACUGCUACUACUCAUCAAGCCAUGACCACCCUCCUGCAAAUGUAGUCAUCAUAAAGAAUGGUGAACCUAAUCUUCAACACCAAAAUAGGGACUCUAAUUAUAAUAACAGCAGUAAUAAUGGUUAUAACUCUAACGAUACCUCCAUGGAUAUGCAUGCCGAAAGUCCAGUUCAUGAAGCUCCGUAUUGAAGAGUUCCUCAAGUAUAAUGCUGCUAUUUGUUCAUUUGUUAUUAUCAUCAUUAUAUAAUUUAUAAAGAAGUAGAAAAGAUCUGUUUGCUUCUCUUGGGAUGUGGGUGUUGUAGUUUAAGUAGAUUCAAUACAAUCUUUUGCAGGUU